AUGGAGGCUCAAGGAUUUCACCGAACCAAUCAAUCUUUACGCAACCGGUCGCUUCUGCCAUCGAGGAUUUUCACCCUCUUCUGGUCGGCAGGCGAAGCCAGCCUCCUUCCCUUUCUGCCCAUGUAUUUCCGUUUCAUCGGACUUACAGCUUUUCAGACCGGAAUUCUUGGAUGUACAAGGCCGUUGGUAAACUUUUGGGCUUCCCCUUUGUUGAGGAUUCUGGCCGAAAGGACAAACAAGCGAAAGUUUUUUCUUCUCUCGCUUCUAUUGGCUGCCGUGAUUUCUAAUAUUUCUUUGGGAUUUACAAACACAGAUGAUUACGCAGCGAAUUUUCGCAAAUAUGUAUGCAAGAGAGCAGGGGAUUCUGAUUUAGAUUUUAAUCGAACUAUAUCAAGAGUCAAUGGAUCAAACUUUAGUCCCUUGAAUGCAUCGACGAAAAAUUCAGGAAUAAACAACCCAACAGGUGUAAUCGACAAAUCGAUCGUUACAUCAUUAUCGAACCUUUCAUCGCCCGGAGGUGCUUCAACACAAUUACAUGACACUGGUGUAAUGAACCACAACAUGGACGGUCCUUUAGAAAAUGACUUUAAAAACUUUGAAGUCAUUAACUCCAAUUCAAGUGGAGACCAAGUAAUUCAUUCAAAGUUACUAUUGGCACACCAUGUUAAUAAUUCACUAACUAUCAAAGAAUCCCUGCAUAAUAACAUUACCCAACUGGAAGUACAAAGUGAAUGGUACCUCGCGUACGGUUUGAAAAUAGACCACUCCUUUAAAGUUCUUCUCACCCUGGUGUUCUUUUGUGAACUUUUCUCAUCUCCUAUCAGUUCUAUUGGCAGAAGCAUAUCGUCUGAUAUUAUGCGACAGAGUCAGGGGUCCCGAUUGUGCACCAGUGUCUGGACGUCCCUUGGGACAAUUCUUGGCGGUGGGGUUCUAGUAAUUACCAUUGGAUAUCACCAUUGUGAUUUUGGUUUAAAAAACAGUUUCUACUUACAUUUUUACAUUUUUGCCUCCUUCAGUGUGUUGUCCUUUUUUCUCGGCGUAUUACUAAAAGAGCAUGAGAAGAAAUCACAUUUGACGUUGAGGUUUGGAAAAACCUUUGCAUAUCUGUGCUGUGACAUAAACAUGAUCUGUUUUCUUGCUGUGCUUCUGGUGCUUGGCAUGGCAGAGUCUCUCAUGUACAACUUUAUGAUGUGGUAUCUACAGGACAUUGGAGCAUCAAUUGUUGUCAUGGCAACUAUCAUAGUGACAUCAGCUUUCUCAGAAAUUCCAACAGUGUGUAUCUCAAAGCGCUUAAUUCACUGCUUUGGUCAUCACUGGGUGAUAUUUGUUUCGCUUUUCUGUUAUGGAGGUCGCUUCCUUUAUUUUUCUUACUUCAGAAAUCCUUGGCUCAUACUCCCCAUAGAACUUCUCCGUGGUUUUUCUUACACAACAGUUCACACAGCAUGUGGAUCGUAUGCAGCCACUGUAUCACUUCAAGGCACUGAGAAGACUAUGAAGGUUAUCUUUUCAACAGUUUACUACGGUUUGGGUAUGGGCACAGGUGGCAUUGCCGUAGCUCUUUUGUACCAGCUUCAUGGGCCGACAGUUGUGUUUCGCUGUGCUGCUGGGGUAUGCGGCAUUUAUGCCCUUGUGUUUGCCAUGCUUCAGUGUAUUCUUAUCCUACCUGAUGGAGACAGAAGUGGUGGUAAACUAAUGGAAUAUCAACAAAUUAAUUUGGAUGGCGAGACAGGAGACAUUCCCCUGCAGGCGGACUGGUUAAUGGAAGCUCUUAGAGCAGAAGAAGAUGGAGAAGAUGAGACUCAUUUUGUGAAAGGAAUAAGAUGA